GAAUUGAGAACUCAAAGAUUUGUUGGCAGCUAAAAAGCUGUGAUAGCACAUUAAAGAGAGUUCAAGAAAGAACUUUACAGAGACAGAAAGAGAGAGAAAGGUUGAGGAAAAUGGUGAAUAAUGCAAUUCUUCAUCAUCAAACUUCACCACUGCUUCUCUUUCAAUGUUGUUCAUCGUCUUACUCUUCUCCUUCUCCUCAAAUCCCCAGGGGACUGCCUGGAAAGCUGAUAUUAAAAUGCUCUCUCAAGAGCCCUCCCUCAAGUAAAGUUGUCUCAAGUCAUAUUGUUUCCGGCCUUGCAGCCUCAUUGAUAUUUCUCUCUCAAACAAACCAGGUUCUUGCGGCUGCUUUACCUCAUCACCACAACAUCUGCCAGCUUGCAAGUGCCAUGGAUAAUAACCCAACUCUUCCACUUGAAGAAGAUUCUGGCGAAAGAAAUGGGAAGCUGAUGAUGAUGAGAGGUAUGACAGCAAAGGAUUUUGAUCCUGUUAGAUAUUCUGGAAGAUGGUUUGAAGUAGCAUCACUCAAACGUGGAUUUGCUGGACAGGGUCAAGAAGACUGCCAUUGCACUCAGGGUGUUUAUACUUUCGACAUGAAAGCACCUGCUAUCCAAGUUGAUACAUUUUGCGUUCAUGGAGGGCCUGAUGGAUAUAUUACUGGUAUAAGAGGGAAGGUUCAAUGCCUUCCAGAUGAAGAUUUAGUGAAGAAUGAAACAGACUUAGAAAUGCAAGAGAUGAUUAAGGAGAAGUGUUUCCUUCGUUUUCCUACGUUGCCUUUUAUUCCCAAAGAACCUUAUGAUGUGAUUGCUACUGACUAUGACAAUUUUUCCCUUGUUUCUGGAGCAAAAGACAGAAGUUUCAUCCAGAUCUACUCAAGGACACCUGAUCCGGGACCUGAGUUCAUAGAGAAGUAUAAAGCAUACUUGGCGAAUUUCGGAUAUGACCCAAGCAAAAUCAAGGACACCCCACAAGACUGCCAAGUGAUGUCCGACAGUCAGCUAGCUGCUAUGAUGUCCAUGUCUGGGAUGCAACAGGCUCUAACAAACCAGUUCCCUGAUCUAGAACUAAAGGCUCCUGUUGAAUUGAACCCUUUUACAAGUGUAUUCGACACUUUGAAGAAGCUAGUUGAGCUUUACUUCAAAUAGAUGUAUAACUUGCAUAACUGGCAUUAUUCUUCUGUGCUUCAGCAAAAACUUAUAGAACACUUCAGACUAUCUUUCAUUCAUUGGUGUUCUUUCCCCUGCAAUCUAUCCAUGACAUUGUACAACCA